AUUUUUAAUAGCCACUUGCGAUGUUAUCAGAAUUACGUAUAUUCGUAUAGGUACAGAGUAAUACUCGUUCGAUGGAACCAGUCAUACCGGAUAACUUUUUUUUUUCUUCUUUUUCAUAAGGAAAAAAAUAUGGAUAAAUUCUGAGAGAACGUGCAUGUUACAAGUUACAUGAUGUAUAUACAUAUAAUAUAUAUACAUAUAUAUAUAUUCUGGCUUUGUGUAACCAAGUCGAGAGUCACUCUUCAACAAUUGUGAAAGGUUUAACCUCGGAGGUAGUAAAGCACCUUCGCAAAUGACGAUAAUAUCAACCCAUCGAAUUUGUUUCCAACCUUUCACGAAUAAUAGAAAUGAUAAAAAAACGAAGGCCUACAUGCUAGUCCAAAAAAGAAAAAAAAAGAAGAAGAAAAAAAGAAAAAAAAAUAGAUUCAAAUCGUUUCUUUUAGUAAAGUAAAUCCAUCAAGAAUUAUUUUUUUAAUCGACGAUUCUGCAAAUAUGACGAAGUUCAACAAGUUUUUCUUAUAUAUUAACAAAAAGAGAAGAAGACAUUAUAUAAUAUACUUGUAGUAUGUUCACAUAAUUAACAAGACAAAAUGAUCAUUGAAAAUAAAGCUAGAUAGCCUUUUCGUAAAUGCAUGAAACGUGAUAAAAAGCGGUUCAUCAUCCCAUAUGUCGCUUGACCGUACCGGUUUCGAAGUUGAAAAACAGAAAACAACAACUUCUUUGACUUUACGCUAGAAAUCGUCAUUGUUUUCUCAUUAUCAUCAUCAUCAUCAUUAUCAUCAUCAUCAUCAUCAUCAUCAUCAUCAUCAUCAUCAUCAUCAUCAUCAUCAUCAUCAUCAUCAUUAUCAUCAUCAUCGUCUUCGUCGUCGUCGUCGUCGUCGUCGUUGUCAUCGUCGAAUGUCUUGAUUAUACCAUAACGAACUUGGUACUUGGAGGAUGAAACUAGAAAAGAAAAAAAGAAGGUAGGGGAAGAUAGGAUAUGUUGAGACACUCUCUUGUCGUUGGUCUCUACCUGGAUAAACCUGGAAAGAACUCGAGAGCCCGUUCAGCGCUGCCUGGCAACGAGUUCGCCUCCGUACGGCGAAACGACGGCAAGCGGAUAAACGAACGGUGCUUCCAGGAGAUCAGCCGAGCAGGAGUCCUUUCACGUAGCCCCUUCUUUUUGCGGUUAUCUAACGAUACGUGCGCGUUUGUUCGGUCAGCUGGUUUGCGGAAUUGUUAGUGUAUAGGAUAUAGGAGGUAGUGGUGAGAACGUAGUAGACAGGCAUGGAUAUUUCUUGGAUAGUGGCUUUAGUCGUUAUAUGUAGAACGUAUCUAAUCUAAUAAAUAAGAAUGGCAAGGCAGCAGACAGCCGAUCGAAAUAUACCUCAUUUACGUGACAUUUUCGGUUUUGGUAACAAAUGGGAAAAUGCACGUAUGCAAGCCGAAGAAAAAGCUGCUGGACAUGACAGCGCGGUUUCCAUAGGUUCAACUUCUGGUGAAGAAGAAAGUCCGAAGAAUAGUAAGAAGAAGAAGACAAGAAGACGGGACAACAGUAAGACCCUUACCGAGAGCGAUGUCAAACAUUUGGAAAGACAUCUUUCAAUGAAGAAGACGAUACGUAAGAAGAUAAUGCGUGACCUUCAACAAGCCUUCGUUGAAGAUCCUAAUGAGUUCCGCGUUGAUGACAUACCACCGGAACAACUCAAAGCUGAAAUCAAUAUUCAGAGUCUCAGUUUCGGUACGCCAUCUCAAAAACAGGGACGCACGCGUGGCAAUGCCGAGAGCACGUUUCUUGAUAUGCUUAGAGCAGGUGGCGGUUUAGAAAAAAAUGGUACAGACGGUGAUAGGGAUUCUGGACACGGUGGUUCGCCAACAAGAGAAACACCUAGUGCCCAAGAUACCGAUGAUGAAUGUAGCUAUAGCUAUGACACUCCAACAGCGAUGCCUCCGAAAAAGAGCGGCAACUUUUGGAGACGUUUUACUAUGAAAAAUCGUAAUAAACGAUAAGGAUGAAUCGUGUGAUGAUUUCAUUCGAGAGUUUCGUUGACCAAACGCGAGGACACAAACUCUAUAUCGAUAUUUAUUAAUUUCCACCCUUUAUAUUACCAUCGUACCAAUGUAGUUCAAGCAGAGAUUUGCAACUGUGAUAUGCAUUAAAAUCCAGUCCUACCCCUUUCGGAGAAAGAUUCCUCAUCCUCAUUCUUCUCUUCUCUUCUCUUCUCUUCUCUUCUCUCUUUCCUCUUCUCUCUCUCUCUCUUCCUCCCUCCCUCUCUCCCUUCUUCCCUCUCUCCCUUUCUUCCCCCCUUCUUUCCUCUCUCCCUUUCUCCCUCCCUUCUUUCCUCUCUCCCUCUCUCUCUCCCUCUCUUUCUCUCUCCCUUUUCUUAGUUUUCAUUGUAAGAUUUUAAGAAGUUUCCAAAGAAGCUUUAUCAUAAAAAGCAUCGAGUUAGAGACCAAGUCUAUUUUAAGAGAUUAAAAUACCCAUGAGUACACGCACAAAAUAAUAUGAAUAGUAUAAUUUGAAUAGUAUAAGCAUAUCAAGGAACAUUGUAAGACAUUCGUUAUUCGAUAUCUCUCAAAUUCUCAUGUCAAUGACAAUCACAUAUUAUUAUGCAUAAUUGAAGAAUAAUAUAACAAUAAAUCAUAUCUAGUAAUAAAAUGUAACAUACAAAAGUUUCAAACAUUUUCUAUUUGUAUACAAUAUACAUACAUCAAAUCUAUUCUUUAGAAGAAAAAACUUGAAGGACCAUUCUACACACUUUGUAUUUUAUAUAUUGUAUAAUAUGGAAACUUCUUAAUGAUCUGUAUACAUGCAUAAUCAAUUGUAUUUGUAAUAAUAAUAAGCACAUGCAUUUUCCGAUGUUUACUUCUAUUAACAAAUAAGAGGAGAGUGACGAAUGUGAAAUAUAGUUUUAGCUUCUAAGAAUAGAUAGUUUUCUUAAUGUGUCUAAACUAAAGUGAAAAUGUGAAUUUUGAAAAAUAUAUGUAUAAAUAUAUUUGACAUAAGCACGA